UUCCGUCUUCAUUAACUUUAGUUGGAUAGUUGUUAAACUGCUACCUGGCUCCCUGUACCCAAAUACUGUCCAUUUCAAACUAGAAGGCAUCAUCCUCAAUUCAAUCGAUGAUUUUAUUUCAUGAGUGUUUAGCGACAAUAUAUUUCUCAAAGACAAAAUAAAAUGGAACUAUAGGAAGGAACGUAAAACAGGACAUUGGACAUAGUACUAAUAUCUCCCAAGUUUCAGUUAUGUCUGUGACUCUGUCGUCAUAAGUAAGGUGGUUUUCAGCUCAUCUACUUCAACCACCUCCUUUUUCUUCCUCCUCGAAAUCUAAUCCUUUUGCUUUCUAUUUUGUUUCGUUCAUUUAAUUCCAAUUUCCCCAUCUGCUUCUGCCUACCGUACCCCUCUCUCUUUGUCACAGUCGAAGCCAUAUCCAACUCCAUCAACCCCAAACGAACUAAAGGUUUGCUAAAGAUUUUCCCUUUUUAUUAACUCUAUAUAUCUUCCUCUUAGAUCUCUCUCUUUUUUGUUAUAUUCACAAAAAAUUUCAACUUUUUCCUCUGCAAAAUACAUGCACAUGGCAACCUGUUUCUUCGAUACUCUCAAGACUCAACCUUUCUGGGCUCUUGUUCUUUUCUCUUUGGGUUCUUUAUCGAUCUUGAAGUUUUCAUUUGCUUUUCUCAAAUGGGUCUGGGUCAAUUUCCUUAGACCUGGGAAGAAUCUCAAAAAAUAUGGCUCUUGGGGUCUUGUAACAGGACCAACCGAUGGUAUAGGCAAAGGUUUUGCCUUUCAGUUAGCUAGGAAAGGGCUUAAUCUUGUCUUGGUGGGUCGUAAUCCUGAGAAACUGAAAGAUGUUACUAAUUUAAUCAUGGCUAAGUAUGGGAGGAUUCAGGUCAAGACAGUUGUUGUGGACUUCACAGGUGAUCUUGAUGAGGGUAUAAAGAAGAUAAAAGAAGCGAUUGAAGGAUUGGAUGUUGGAGUUUUGAUUAAUAAUGUUGGGAUUUCAUAUCCUUAUGCAAGGUUUUUCCAUGAGGUUGAUGAGGUGCUGUUGAGGAAUUUGAUUAAGGUUAAUGUUGAAGGUACCACUAAGGUUACUCAGGCUGUUUUGCCUGCCAUGGUGAAGAGAAAGAAAGGUGCAAUUGUGAAUAUUGGUUCUGGUGCUGCUAUUGUCAUCCCUUCUGAUCCACUUUAUGCUGUUUAUGCUGCUACUAAGGCGUAUAUUGAUCAAUUCUCAAGGUGCCUUUAUGUUGAAUACAAGAAUAGGGGAAUUGAUGUCCAGUGUCAGGUUCCACUAUAUGUGGCAACCAAAAUGGCGUCAAUCAAAAGAUCCUCUUUCUUUGUUCCAUCAACAGACGGUUAUGCUCAGGCAGCAAUGCGCUGGAUAGGCUACGAACCUCGUUGCACACCCUACUGGCCUCAUUCCAUCCUCUGGGGCUUGGCUUAUUCACUGCCGGAGAGUGUAGUGGAUACAUGGCGUUUUCGGUUUUGCCUUGGCAUUCGAAGGAGGGGGCAACUCAAAGAUUCUAGGAAGGACUAGAAAAACACUAUGUUGUGUCUGUUCUAUUUCUGCUGGGAUGAGCUUUUGCCUUAUAUUACCUUUCGAUUUGCACUAGUUCUAUUUUCUUUUUUUUCCCCCUAUAUAUAUAUUUUAAAUUUAAUUAUUACUCUGUUGAUAAAUUUGUUUUCAAGCAUGGCAUUGUGACCAUUCCAUUAUGUAUUUGGAUGCUUUGGAAGGAUAAGGAUGAAAGUAGAGCAAUCUGAACCUUUUCUUGCAUUUUGCUUUCCUUCAUAUUAUUCCCUUGCAAACAAAUUUUGGUCCUUUGACAUUUGGAGAAAAUAAAACCUCGGGCCAAACUUACCCUUUUGGUUUAUCAUCAUCGAAAAAGCUGUAUU